AUGCCUUCGAACAAUAACGCCCUAAAUUUUGUUUUUGUUGAUCCUUCGCGUCAAAUUUCUCGUCAGAGACUUGCGGAAGAGAAUCGGGCUCUUAACGAUAAAAUUUCUUUCUUGGAAGCAAAAAUAUCUUCUUUAGAGACGGAACUUUCUUCGCUUCGUCGACUGGAAACAGAACUUUCUUCGAUUCGUCAGCUGGUUUCACAGCUGACUCUUCUCGCAUAUUUAACCGUUUAUCAAGGCGUUAAUGGUUCUUUUACACUGUCUAUUUCUAAACGCAUAUUUAAAAAUGGAUAUGAGGUUGUCUCUUAG